AUGGCUUCACACUUCGAGCGGACACGUCAGAUUCCACAGCUAGUGAAGUGCCUGGAGGCCGUGUGUCAGAGCCCCCAGCCGUUUCUCCCUCUCGUGGAGGUUCGCACGCGGUGCUGGCUGGCCCAUGUGUUGCUCAAACACUCCCGCAACGUGCUGCACGCGAAGGCGCACCUCGAGAGAGCGCAAGUGCUUCUGAAGGCCAUUCCUGGGAAUAUCCCCCUCAAGUGCACAGCCCUUUCUCUGCUCGCCACGUGUUACCACCUGAUUGGGCACGCCCACUUCCACAAGCACGUGCUUCAAAAGGGCCUCGAUUUAAUCACACAUCAGCUCGCCACCCUUCCACGCUCAGCCUCGGGUUCUGAGCCUGGUCCCAGCUCGGUUGCAGGUUCGGGGUCAGGGUUGGGAGGAGGUUUGGGCGGAGGCUCGGGUGGAGGUUCGGCGGGGGAGCUGGCUCGGUGGAUGGGGGUGUUUUCAGUGGGGAUGGCGGGGCGGUUGCUGGGGGAGGGGGAUGUGGAGGGGGCUGCUUCUGCGCUGGGGAAGGGAAUGGCUGCUGUGCAAUCAACAGGGGAUAGGAGCAUGAUGCUCCUGCUAUCCGCUUCCCUGCUCCACAUUCGCAUCUCGACCGUCCAUCACACGCCACAGCAGAUCUCAGCCCUUCUUUCAGACUGCACCUCGUUGUGGCAGCAGAUUCCGCCACGUCAGCAGCCAGAGUACCGUGGCCUGUUCGUCUACGUCCAAUUGCUAGCUGCCACGUGGCACCUCCGCGUGGCUGACUACAACCAGGCCAAGGCUGACGUGGCAGCAGCAGAGGAGGCGCUGGCAGUAAUAAGUCCUGCUGCGCCGAAUCGUGAGGUGCCAGCUGGCAGCUCGCCAGCUGCUGUGUCAGCGCCAUGCCAGCAGCAGCAGCAACAGCAGCAGGGGAAUAUGCAUGCACAGAGACUGGGGCAGGAUACGGGAGCAGUAAGAGCAGUGGGUGCAGCAGGAGCAGUGAUCCCAGGGGAAGCAGGAGAAGCGCCAGGAGCAUGUUACAGGGACGAUCCGUUGAUGCGGUUACCACUCGGCCCGCCCCACAUGCUCAAUGCUGAUUGGCUGCCGCUGCCAGCUGUCAGGGCGGUGGCAGGCCUGCUAAAGGUCAUGCUGAGCCGCCCGGGAGGAAAGCUCCUGGAAUCUGAGGGGGCGCUGAAGGAGGAGAGGGAGAUGUUGCGAGCUUGGGCCGGCACGCUUCUCCUGUUGCUCCUCUACGUCUUGGAGGCCCAGGCAGUACUGGCGCUGACUUCCACGGAGUCUCCCCUCUCGCAACGGGUUCUGCUGGAAAUCUGUGAUUGGUCGAGUCGCUUCCCGACCCUGCUGGCGUCGUUCGGGCCGAACCUCCACCUAUUGCUCGGGCAGUACGCCCAUGCCACGAUUGAUCUGCCAGUCGCAAUCCGCCACUUCAGCACUGCUGCUGCCAAGGGCAACCUGGUGGAUGCCAGGUCGCGACUCGCCCAAGGGCUGUUGGUGACUCACCGCCAGCUCAGCAACCACCAGAUUGCCGCCCAUUUCCUGCUGGCCAUAGGCGGCAUCGCACUGCGCACCAGCGACCUGGUUGGAGCAAAGGACAUCCUGAGGUCGGGACUGACUCUGUUCCGAGCGGCGAGGGACACACAGGGCGUGGUGGCAGUGGCGGCAGAGCUGUCUCUCUUGUACAGAGCAACAGACGAGGCAAUGGCGGAGAGUCAGAACGCCGCGUACCUGAAUCGCAAGCGAGGCGAGCUGAGUCAGCAGAUCACAGCAGCGGUUGGCACACCAGGGCAUGCCAUACUGCUACAGUAUGGUCCUCCUCUGUAA